CUUACGGCCAUACCACCCUGAACCAGUAGUUGCAGAGAGUGAGUUUGAGCAGAAGCGAGAGAGAGAGAGAUUGAGCGAGCAAACGAGUGAGUGAGUCAGAGUGGCAGCACCUGCAGCGUGUGUGCUUUUGUUUGUCUAGGUUUUUAUUUUCCAAUUCAACACUGUUUGUGAGGUUUUUCGUGCACUUUUUGUUUAUUGUGUUCCCCAGCAGUGUUCUCACUGUCUGGGGAAGCAGUUCGUUUUUUGUUUUUUGUUUUUUUUUUUUCUCAAUUGAUUAUUUAAAUAAAAUUAGAAAUAUAUCGGACGGACAUCAUGGCAACGAAAACUGCGAGGAUUGAAGGAUUUGGAGAAAGGAACUACGGACUGACAAAGGACACAAACGGCAUUGACGCGGACUGCUCGACUAUGGCUCUGAACAACGGACUAGUUCAAAAUUUGAACGGAAAAGAAAGUGAAAAAGAUAAAGUAAGAGAAACUCCUAAAAUGGCGGAGAAAAGAUACGCUAAGGAGUUAACGGCGUGUGUACAGCUGCAGGGGACCGGCAAGGUAACAACAGCCGAGCUGAUGCAAGCGGUGGUCGGGCUAUGUGGAGGAUUGCUGGCGUGCAGAGUGAUUGGAGAGAGGACGUUUGAACUCACGAUGGCGAGCGCUGGAGGGAAGGAGAGGCUGAUGGAGGGGCUGAAAGUCGGGGAUGUGGCAGUGAUGGCGAAGGAGCUCUGUGAUAAUGAGAUGGUGGUCUCGUUCCUGAACCUCCCAGCCUACAUCUCGGAUGAGGAAGUUCUGGAAAAACUCAGGAUCUGGGGAGUUUCAGCCGUCUCGAACAUCAGACGCAGGAUGUGGCCGGGGACCAAUAUUGCAGAUGGGACACGCUUCCUCAAACGCACACACCGGACUGUGGGAAAAAGUUCGACAGCUUCUAGAGUUACACUGUAACUUGAGUACAAGUACUGAAGAGCAAUGGCGGUGGGCUAGAUUGUUUGGACUAAAUCAAAACAAUAACACCUAUAACAAGAACUUCAUAAACAUGGUCCUUGCUUUCGCAAGGAAAGCAGUAUGGACUGUGAGAAACUUUGCACUACAUGAACAGAAAAUCCGCAACAGCCAAAUAAUAUUUACAAACUCUCUUAAAGCGCAUCUAAGGCUGUUGCAUGGAAGGACGGACGUAUGGACAAAGAGUGCAUUAUACUCAAGACAUUCAUUGUUUAAAGAGCAUGGGGAAGGUGAGGAGAGCCUAUUGGAAUUUGCUUUUUAAAAAAAAAAAAAAAAAAAAAAGUUCAAUAUUUGGAAAAAUUGUAUCACUUUGUAAUAUCUUGCUCAUUGUUAUUUAGUUUGUUUUAUGUUGUUCUAUUUGUUUCUUAUAAUUAAAAGAUUUUAUUGUUUUUGAUUUGAAUUAAUUUGGUUGAUUAAAUUUAUUUAUUUACAUUUUGUUUUUUUGAUUUAUGUGAUUUAGGUUCUUAAAUCUAAUUAAUUUGUUUAUAUUAUUUGUUUAAUUUUUUCAGCUCUUCUGUUUAUUUUAUUUUGGUUUUGAUUGGUUUCUUUGUUUAUUUUAUCUCUUUAUGGAGUUUAUUUUGAGUUCACUUUAGGUCUAAGUGUUUUAUUUGUGUAUAUUUGUAUAUAAGAGUAAAUGUUUAAAGUGUAUUUGUAUUUUUGAUAAUAAAAGAUAAAAAAAAAAAAAA